AUGGGGAUGAGCAAAAGAGUUGAAAGUUUGGGAAUGGAGAUUAGAGUUCCUGAUCUAAGCCAAAUUUACAUACCUAAAAGAAGAAGGGGAUCUUCGGGUGGGGGAAGGAAAGAAGCCGAAACUGAACCGUGUGUGUUGGAGGCUGCAUCUACUUUGAUGCACUUAGCCAAGACUGUUCCUAAUGUUGAAAAGGAAAAAAGUUGGAACACACGCAAAAGGAAGACGCCUACAAGCAGUGCGCCUACGAGGAGGAAGAUGGUUAAGAAAACUGAGUACCCAUCCAUUCCGGAGAUGUCGGACGGGAUGAGAGAGCAAAUUAUGGAGAUGGGUGGGAGGGAAAUUCAUUUAGUAAUUCAAAAACAAGUUCAACAUACCGAUAUAAGUAAGAACCAUGGUCGACUGUCCCUGCCGAUAAAUAAACUCCGUUUUGAUUUUACGACAGAGGAGGAGAAGAAAUUGCUGGAUGAACAGGAAAACAAAAACAAGAAGGGGAUGAACGUGGUGAUGAUAUAUGAUGUUGGGAGAGAAAGUAUUAUAUGCUUGAAGAAGUGGAAAAUUGGGAGCAGUGAUACGUACUGCUUGAUGACGCAGUGGAAUAAGUUGGUGGAAGAGACUGCAUUGAAAGCCGGGGAACACAUCCAACUGUGGAGCUUCCGUAAGGAUGAGGCUCAACUUUGUUUGGCUAUGGUUAAAUUAGGGAGCUGUUAG